GAACCAGUAGCAAAGCAACAAGCAUCCAGUGGUACAGCAGAAGGAGCUGACAGUUUCAAUCCGUUCGCUAGUCAAGGCAAAACCGCAACUGUACCAACACAUCAGGGAGUAUCCGGACUUGGAGGUGGUGGAACAUCCGUAACAAUGAGCGAUGAGCUGUUUCGUAAGCAAGAAGAACUCGAAAGAAAGGCUCAGGAGUUACGAAUGCGAGAAGAGGAGCUCAAUCGACGUCAGCAGCAACAGAAUAACUUAAAUACUGGAAAUAUAGCAGCGGGCGGUGCGCAACGUCCUCAUAACUGGCCGCCCCUCCCGUCAUUUAUUCCGAUUGAGCCCUGUUUCUACCAGGACAUUGAAGUUGAGAUUCCGGUGCAAUUUCAAAAAACAGUGACGGUUGUGUACUACGUAUUUCUAAUAUAUGUUCUGGCUCUGUCCGUUAAUGUGGUUGCUUCGCUGUUCUACAUGAUCUUCGCAGGAGGUCCGGUCGGCCAGUUACUGCUUGCUAUAAUCCAACUCUGCUUAUUCUCACCCUGUUCGUUUUUGUUCUGGUUCCGUCCGGUCUACAAAGCGUUCCGUAAUGACUCUUCAUUCAACUUCAUGGUAUUCUUCUUUGUGCUAUUUUUCCAUUCACUGUUUACUCUCGUACAAACACUUGGCGUCUCAUCAUACGCAUGUGGUUGGAUUAAUACAAUUGAGACUUUUGGAGUUUCAAUUCCAAUCGCAUUGAUUAUGUUGCUCUCCGCUCUUUGUUUCACUGCUGCUCUCGCUGGUAUGAUAUACGCGCUGAUCAGGGUGCACAGGUUGUACAGAGGAUCUGGAUUUUCCAUCGAUAAGGCUCGCCAAGAGUUCACAAAUGGUGUGAUGGCCGACAGAAAUGUACAAGCAGCCGCCACAGCUGCUACUACUGCAGCUGCUGGUGCGGCUUUCCAACAAGCUACUCAGGGACGUUUCUAA